AUGAAAAUGUUAGCAAGACUCAUUCUGGGACUUGUCAUCUUUGAUGCUGCUGUGACUGCUCCCACUCUGGACCCCAUCAAUUAUGACUCAGAAACUUACGAUGCCACUUUGGACGACCUGGAUAAUUUAUACAACUAUGAAAACAUACCUAUUGGUCAAGCUGAGAUUGAAAUAGCCACAGUGAUGCCUUCUGGGAACAGAGAGCUUCUCACCCCACCCCCACAGCCAGAGGAGGCUGAAGAAGAGGAGGAAGAGUCCACCCCUAGACUUAUCGAUGGCUCUUCCCCACAGGAGCCUGAGUUCACUGGGGUUCUGGGCCCACACACCAAUGAAGACUUUCCAACCUGCCUUCUGUGUACAUGUAUAAGUACCACCGUAUACUGUGAUGACCACGAACUUGAUGCUAUUCCACCGCUGCCCAAGAACACUGCUUAUUUCUAUUCCCGCUUCAACAGAAUUAAAAAGAUCAACAAGAACGAUUUUGCAAGCCUAAAUGACUUAAAAAGAAUUGAUCUGACAUCAAAUCUAAUAUCUGAGAUUGAUGAGGAUGCAUUCAGAAAGCUACCUCAACUCCGAGAGCUUGUCCUGCGUGACAACAAAAUAAGGCAGCUCCCAGAAUUGCCAAACACUUUGACAUUUAUUGAUAUUAGCAACAAUAGGCUGGGGAGGAAAGGAAUAAAACAAGAAGCGUUUAAAGAUAUGUAUGAUCUCCAUCAUCUCUACCUCACCGAUAACAAUUUGGACCACAUCCCUCUGCCACUCCCAGAAAACCUAAGGGCCCUUCACCUCCAGAAUAACAACAUUUUGGAGAUGCAUGAAGAUACUUUCUGCAACGUUAAAAAUUUGACUUAUAUCCGUAAGGCGCUAGAGGAUAUUCGAUUGGAUGGAAACCCUAUCAAUCUCAGCAAAACUCCUCAAGCAUACAUGUGCCUACCUCGUUUGCCUAUUGGGAGUCUUGUCUAA